AUGAUGGGUAAGGAUUUAGUAUUGUUUGGGUUCUACUCGGCAAAGAUGGCGCACGGUGCAUUCUGCUUUUUUGCACUCUGGUGCGAAACUGGAGUCUGCGCCGUGCAGUUUUGGUGCUUUUUUGGUGUCGCACUGGUGCAGCACGCUAAAAGCACUGAUUUGACACCUUUGCACCAAAAAGUCACCAAAAUCGCACGGUGCAGACCUCAAUCACGCACCAGAGUGCAAAAAGCAGAAUGCACCGUGCGGCAUCCGUGCUGAGUAGUUUGAUCGAUCCUCUUCAUAUAGGGGAUCUUUAUCAACUGAUUGAACAAUUGAAUCUCUCAUCCACUUUUUUUUUGUUUUUAGCAAAAAGGGUUUAAUAAGUCCCUACGAGUGAAUUUACUGAUAUUAGGAAUGAAAUAAGUGGAAGAGAUUUGGAUCACAGUAGACGGAAGGGAAACGUUAGAAAACAGCUCUCCGUUUCUGAGCGAGUCGAGAAAUUCUUUGAAAGGGGUGGUAGCCGUGUUCAAGUUGAGCCUUUCAGUUCUGACGAGUCCUUUUUCCGUUGCCUACGACCAUCUCAAAAGGUUGCGCGCUGCUGCCAACGCAAACGAGAAGCGGCUUCUGGAUCUGUUGGAGACCGAACACGCAGAGAUGUUGAGCCUCUUGCACGUCAAAGGGCUCAACUACUACUACUGGUACAAAAGUUCGUGAUCCUUUUUUCUAAAAUACUAGAGACGAAGUUCAUUCUUUUUUCAGCGUGCACGAAAUUACGACAAACGCCAAGAGAGUCCCUUCGCGACGCUGCUAAGACAGCUUUGAGUGAGUUUGAUCUUUUCGUUUUGUGAUUCCAUCCUUCUACAUAUUUUAGGGCACACGCUGCGCAGAUCCGACCGCUCCGAAAACGUCAGAAGACCAGAACACGAAGGACGAGAAGUCGAAGAAGACAUAGAAGAUGGCAAUGAUUUUCGUUUCAAUGUUUAUCCAAUCGUUUUUUAA